GGCCAUAAAACUCUUUGCCGAAAACUGAAAAACACGUGCAAAAAAGUUUGCUUUGCAAAUAUUUCAAAGAGGGCAAUAGAAAUAAGAAAUCCUUUUCUUCUUUUUUACAUGCAAGAAUAACCCAAAAUCUUCUUCUCCAAGAAAACAGAUUAGAGAUCUUCUCGCAAUAUCCGAAAAUGAACCAGCCCAAGAAAAUGAAUACCUAACUUAGAAGAAAUCUAAAGAACUAAUGUACGAUGAACAGGAAAACUCAAGACACACACAAUGUGUUUGUUUAAAUGUUCCAGAGAACUCACCUUUGUACGCCAUAUUCUGUAAAACCCAUACAUCCUGGAAAGCGAUUCGCCUGAACCCAUCUGUACACCAUAUUUGGUAUAACCCGCCUUGAAGCCGUCUCUAUUCCUUUGUCGUGGAAUCCAAAAGUUAUUUUUCUAAUUCAAAACAGGGACUCUGUCAUUCAAGAUGGAAGGAGCAGCAAAUUAUCAAAUGAGUUAUGUUCAACCAGCAAGUGAAUUGAUACAGGAGAAAGAUCGUGAUAUUCUCGUUUUAAAUCUUCCCGGGUUUAAGAAAGAGCUGUUGAAAGCUGAAUUAACUAGUGAAUCAAGAAUCCUGAAGAUCAGUGGAGCAAGGCAACUUGAGGAUAAAAGGUGGAUUGGUUUUGAUAAGGAUUUUCCGGUUUCGCCAAAUUGUGACACCCAAAAAAUCAGUGCAAGAUUUGACAACAGCAAGCUGUUUGUGACUAUGCCAAAACUGAUUAGUCCAGCAGCGAAAGAAGAAGGCAAACUGCAACCCUUAGAAACCCGAAAGCCUCAGAAGCCCACAAAGAAGCCAUUCGCUGCUCCAGACGUGAAUAUGCCAAAACUGAUUAGUCAACCCUUAGAAACCCGAAAGCCUCAGAAGCCCACAAAGAAGCCAUUCGCUGCUCCAGACGUGAAUAUGCCAAAACUGAUUAGUCAACCCUUAGAAACCCGAAAGCCUCAGAAGCCCACAAAGAAGCCAUUCGCUGCUCCAGACGUGAAUAUGCCAAAACUGAUUAGUCAACCCUUAGAAACCCGAAAGCCUCAGAAGCCCACAAAGAAGCCAUUCGCUGCUCCAGACGUGACUAUGCCAAAACUGAUUAGUCCAGAAGAAAAAGAAGACAGCAAACUGCAACCCUUAAAAACCCGAAAGCCUCAGCAGCCCACAGAGAAGCCAUUCGAUGCUCCAGAGAAGAAUGUAGAACAAGCCAGCCAAAAGAAAUCGGCAAGGCAAAAGAUGAACAUAGUUCUGUCUGUUCUGUUGGCCAUUCUUAUUGGUCUUUAUGUUAGUAAUCUGGUUUGGUAUUUCAAGAAAGCUGAAAAUUGAGGAUUGUUCAUUUUGUAAAUAAUUAAUGUAACAAUUCCAAAAAAUAAUAAUAAUAAAUAAUAAUAAUGUAUCUCUAACUGAUUGAAGGGAAUCAACAGAAUUAGAAGUGCUUCUCACGUAUUAUAAGCAAAAUAUGUUUUGCGUCUUUCUGUACAGUGAACAAUGAUUCUAUCGAUUCUGAUAAAAGGAUUUCU